AUGGCGCUCGAGCAAUUUUCUCCAAUACCACCAGUACGAAGCGGACCAAGCUUCACUUUGAGUAUUUUGGUGCAAUAUCCGCCUCGGCGGGUCAAGAGUCACGAGCCACGUAGUGAAAAGUGGCGUGAUCAUGGUGGAACGAUGACCUGCACACCCUUUUUCUAUGAGAUCUCACUGGAUCGCUGGUCGCAGUUCCAAGAUGCGUCUGAAAAUAUCUUAUUGAGUAUUUUCGGAUCAAUUUCAGGGUCUCCACGGAUUCGGGAAGAGCCACUUCCGAGACGGUUGUCCAACACGGUUAGCAUAAUGGUACCUAUAUUUGACAAGCCGAAGGACAUCGAGAUUGCUAGAAUCAAUGAACCAGAAAUCUAA